AUGCUCUCCACGUCAAAAGUGUCCGGCUUGGUUUCGCCAGCCGCCUUGGUGGCGUGCUUCUGGCUAAUUACCACGGCCUUCUACUCGAACCCGAGCAACACCAUAUUUUUGCGCGAGCUGCACUCGGGGGUCGCGCAUAACCUGACCCGUUUCGUUGGAAGCUCGUGUAUUUGUUUGCUGAUGUGGGCCUUCUCUACGAAGCCCACGAUUGCGGUGCAGCAUCUGGGUGCCUUUCUCUUUCCCGCUGCCUGCAUGGUGGUGAUGAACGUGUCCAAUUCGGUGGCGUUAAUCAAUGUAGGUGUGACCUUGACGUACGUCAUCAAAGCCACAAUUCCAGUGUGGACCUGCUUGUACUGCUUUCUCGUGAGAAAAGAGCGGUUUUCCCCUUCCGUCAUUUGCGCGCUCUUGCUCUGCUGCAUCGGGGUUGGGUUGGCCAGCUUCGGGGAGGUGCGGUUCUCGUGGCUCGGGUAAGCAGUAAGUGAUUAGUACUCGAAGUUGAUACAGCUAAUUUUUUUGUUUGAUUAUGAUCAUGACCAUGAGAUCAUACAUUGAAUAGUGGAGGUCAUGCGAAGUCAUUGCGAUUUCUCGACGGAUGCUUUUUGCGUUGAGCCCUUCGUCUCUUGCCUUCGCCGGCAUAUGCAUGCAUCUGACGCAGAUGAAAGAACGACGUUCCAUGGCGGUCAGUAACCUUUUGAUUUUUUAUUGGCGUUUUUAUAUCCGUAAGGAAGUCGAAGUAUCACAUGCGCCACACGAUCAUUCAGUUUUUUUGCCGCACUCCUGUCGUGUGUAGCGACGACGGCGUUCAACCUGAGCAGCAAGGCGCUGAUGCAUACGAAAAGCAAAUACUUAAAAUAAGUCGUGGCGCUGGAAAAAGAAGUGCAGAUAUUGUCAUGCAGCUUUGUUUUUGUGUAGAGACAGAACUUUGGUUGGCCACUUCAUUCACCAGCCUCACAAGAAGGGUGCGUAAGUAUCUUCUUCUUCUAGGCCAAGACCUAUAAAAUUGGUUUGCAAUUCAUGACGCAGAAGUUCGCGCAGCCCCCGUUUCGUGCGUUUGGGACUUGUUUGGUGAACGCGUCGGUGCUGGCCUCGACCGUGUACGUCGCCAAUAUCGAGGGUGCGUUGGCGUUGAAAAGUUUCCCCGUCUACCAGACGACCCUAGACCAAACCUUGUCCGCCGAGCCGGUUGCGUGGAAGAGCUACUUCAACGACGGUACCACUGCCGCGAAGAAAUGUCUCUCGUCCUUGCCACAAGAGUUACUCACGAAGUACUGGCUUCUCGUGGUGCUCUUCAUCACCUGCACCAGCUACUUCGCGGAGUAUGGAGCGAACUUUGUGUACGCAGAACUGGUCACCCCGGUCACGUUUGCAAUCACAGAUAUCGUGCGCCGGAUUUUCACCAUUGUAGUGAAUGCGGCGAUGUACGGCUACCCUGUUUCCUGGCUGAAUUUCAGCGGAAUUUUGACCUCUCUCUGCGGGGCGCUGGCGUACGCACUUCUCACUGCGUCGAAAGGGGGGAGCAAAACUGCCGGUAAGGAAAAGGGUAGUGCGAGGGCGGCGUCGGUGAAGGGAGGGAUUCCACUCGGACAUUUGGCAGCUUUAGCAGAAAAAAAUGCAGAUAGUAGCUCCGUAAGCACGGCGAGCACAGCUUCGUCCUCGACCACAGCCAACAAACUCAAAAAACCCACGCCGACCGAAACCGCCAAGCCGCGAAGACGUUCGCGCACGCCCGCCACCGGUUCUUCGUCCUCCAAGCGCUAGAAUAUGGACCACCGGCAGGAAAAGUAGUCUUCCUGGUUGUUGUGGUUCUUUGUCGUUGUAUGAAAAUUUCAUACUAUUUGAAUGCGAGAAGUAGGAAGAUGCGGCUCACGUAGCUCCGUUGACCCACGCCCUUUUGGGUCCUUUCCGGGCGCUGACAAAUGAAAGGUCCCAGACAAGAUUCCGUUGAUUGUAUCGCGGAUUCGCAUGAUUACUUACAGAAAGUUUAGAAACCGAGCAGGCCACACGAGAGAAUUAUAACCCGGGAUGAACUUUCUGAAGAAGUGAAUCAAUCUGUCGUACGAACAGCACCAACAGAGGUAUCGAGAAAAGUGCACCGAGUGCCGCUCUGACGGAGUAAUCUUGGCUAUUAAUUCGCAUGAGGUGAUUCUAUCAGUUUGCAUAGGAGCCACAGGCACAGGCUCCGUCGCUGUUCUUUUUGACAGUCGACGAACAAAAUUUUUCGCUUCAUGCUCCGAGAAGCUCAAGUAAGUGCUUCUGUAUUGGAAGGGUACUCGGGCUGUGGCUCCGGCACUGGCUUGCCUAGUUGUAGACGGCUCAGUGCCACAGCCACAAGGCCAAUAAUUUGUGCGUAUCUGUAAAGUUAGUGAGAGACCGAC